ACUAAGAAAUAAUUUUUCACUUCUCUCAUUGACUUAUCAAACCCCGGCCUGGUCUGUUGGUCAGAUUUUGGCAAGAGUGAAACCUCUCCUUUCGUCUCUUCAUCUCUAGUGAAACUUACAUCUCGGGCGGGAACAUGUUUUCUUUUUAAAUUAGUUUGCCGGUGGGUUUUGUACCGAGCCGCCGAGCUAGGCAAAAACAUAUUUAAAAAAGUGUACCUAACAGCAUUCAUUACUUUUGUAUAUCGAAAAGAUAACUGAAGACAGACGAACAGUUGCGUACGACAGCUAACUACGUUAGGUCGAGGAUGAAAUCCAAGGGACAGAAGCGCAAACUCGAUGAUGUCGUGGGGUGCAUGUGUAGCUGCACUUGGGAAAGCCAGCGGCAGUCAGUGCUCGGCAUCUCCCUUGACAAGUACCACCGCGGGCAGGAGCUGAUGGAGCCUAGUUUGCGCAGCUCCGUGUUGAUAGCCAACACCCUGCGGCACAUACACCUAGAAAACAAGCCUCCAUAUGAGUUAGUUAACCUGGCAGGACCAGUGCCACCCAUGGUCCCAUCUAAACCCUGCCUCCACAGGGAGUCUGGUCUGGGUGUUGUAAACAGUGCCUCAGGUGUCGAGGACAUGGAGGAUGUCUGGAUGUCCUCAGAGAGUGACUUCUCCGUGUCAGCUGCUGUCUCCUCCAUUCUGAAAGAACUAGACUUGACUGUCGAUGGAGGGCUAGGUCCUCAGGCACCUCAGAGGACACCUUUCAGGUCCAUUGAGAACCUACCUGGAGACCUGGGGCUCAAACGAAGCUCUGAGGGGUGUAGAACCUCAGAGGGGGCGGCUUUUGGUAGUGUGGAGGAGGUAAUGUGUUCCAGCUACCUGCAGGAUGUGAAACUGGAUGAACUUUUCCAUGACAUCGACACGUCUGUGUUUGACAGGGAGAUGGGGGUCCAAGCACUCUCUGCUGCAGCCAGUGACGAGCUGCUUAAGUACUUACCCUCUCUGUCCUCCGUUCUGUCCACUUCACCCUCUCCCUUCUCCCCCAGAGCUUCAGGGACCUGAAUGAGCUGGAGCACAUCAUGGAAAUAUUGGUAGAGUCUUGAUCACCAGAACUUUGAGGAAAUUAAGACAUUAUAAAGAGAACAAGACAUUGAAAUUGAGUGUUUACUCUGUCCAGUUGAUUACAUGGUUUAAUGACUGAAAUGCGCUGUUUUUAUACAAAAGAAGAAAAAGCUGAAUGAGAGACUAGCCUACUUUUUCUAGUAGUGGUGUUUUAAAUGUUAAACGUAAUAUUCCUUAUGCCUAGCUAUAUCAAUAGAUGAUAUUGUAGGAUGUUCCUAAUAGCAAAGCAGUUCAGACUGAUGUCAAAUAAAUUAAUUAGUUGGUAGGAUUGACUCAAACAGUUGGAAUUUUGGAAUAUCAUUACAUACCUCAGGCAUCAAUUGAAUUGAAGGUAAAUUACACAUUUUUUAUGUGAAAAAACACUAACUUGAGGGGAAAUGUCUUCUGUGAAGAAAUCCCCUUCACUGGUCUUACUCCAGUAAGUCGAGGGUCAAUACUGAACACAUUCUCACAUCCUUUAAUAUCACAAAAGUACAACUGAACUACAAUAAUACUGUAUUGAAUUGGUCAGUAUGUUUUGUAGUAGUACCCUACCUUGCCUAACCAGUAUGCAUAAUUAGGCUACAUAUUGAGCUGUGCCACUAGCUUACAGCUAGCUUCAGCCAUUAGGAAAUACAAAUAUUACCUUAACCCGAGUAACUGGCUGUGAAAUGUCAUGAUGCUUACCAGUAGUUCAAUAUCAGAUUAUAACAGCUUAAGUUAAUAUAGAGGAAUUCCUCAGUUUGGUUAUAUCGUGCUCGCAAUGAUGGGGGAAAAAUAGUGUUUGCUUGCAGUAACUUGGUUGUUGUAAUAUCCCAAACGGACGUGGCAGUUUCAUCAUUAAAGAUUUAAUUACGGUCUAUUGUGUGUCAUUUUUAGAAAAUGUCUAACCAGGGUCAUAAAUGGUUCAAAGGAUGAGUUAUUUAUGAAAACUUCAUAUUAAAAUGUUCAGCUAAAUAUGAUCUUUAUGUUCCACAAUGGCAGUUUAUAUAUUUUUUAUUUUAUUCUUGUUUAUAUAAUGUAUUUUGGCUUAAUGCCCUGAAAAAGCAAAUUAUGCUGACAUUUUAUAAUGAAAGACAUGUAAGUGCGCUGUCAAAUUUAUGCAAACACCAUGUUCAUAUUUUUUAUACAUUCUGAAAUUAAAUGGGUUUGUGCUGCAGAACACUAGCAAGCAGCCAGAGAAAAUACUCAAUGUACCGUGCUGACCUCUAGUGGACAUAAGUGUGAGAACAACGCAAGU